GCGCAGCCCGCGCGGAGCCGGCUCAGAGCGAGAAAAGCGAACCCAACCCGUCGGGGCCGCCGCUCCGGACCCGCCAGCCGCCGCUGCCGCCUCCUCCCCCCGGAUCGGGUGUACUGUCCCAACYCGAAAGUCCAGUUCUGCGGCCCGGCAGCGGCGAGCGAGCGCGAUGACACAGGAGUACGACAACAAACGGCCAGUGUUGGUUCUUCAGAAUGAAGCACUUUAUCCCCAGCGGCGCUCCUAUACCAGCGAGGAUGAAGCCUGGAAGUCUUUCCUGGAAAACCCGCUCACCGCGGCAACCAAAGCCAUGAUGAGCAUCAAUGGAGACGAGGACAGUGCYGCGGCGCUGGGCUUGCUCUACGACUACUACAAGGUUCCAAGAGAGAGACGAUCAUCAACAGCCAAGCCAGAAGUUGAGCAUGCGGAGCCAGAUCACAGCAAAAGAAAUAACAUACCAAACGUAACAGAUCAGCCUCUCAUUUCUGCUGGAGAAAACAGAGUGCAAGUACUGAAAAAUGUGCCCUUUAACAUCGUCCUUCCCCAUGGCAACCAACUGGGCAUUGAUAAGAGAGGCCAUCUGACAGCUCCUGAUACAACAGUCACUGUCUCCAUAGCAACAAUGCCUACCCACUCUAUCAAGACCGAAAUCCAGCCUCAUGGCUUUGCCGUGGGGAUCCCCCCAGCCGGGUAUCAUCCUGAGCCCACAGAGCGUGUGGUGAUUUUCGACCGGAAUCUCAACACUGACCAGUUCAGCUCUGGGGCUCAGCCCCCCAAUGCUCAGCGGCGGACCCCAGACUCCACCUUCUCUGAGACCUUCAAGGAGGGUGUUCAGGAGGUUUUCUUCCCCUCGGAUCUCAGUCUGCGGAUGCCUGGCAUGAAUUCAGAGGACUAUGUGUUUGACAGUGUUUCUGGGAACAACUUUGAGUAUACCCUCGAAGCUUCAAAAUCACUUCGGCAGAAGCCAGGAGACAGCACUAUGACAUACCUGAACAAGGGCCAGUUCUAUCCCGUCACCUUGAAGGAGGUGAGCAGCAGUGAAGGGAUCCACCACCCCAUCAGCAAAGUUCGAAGUGUGAUYAUGGUGGUUUUUGCUGAAGACAAGAGCAGGGAGGAUCAGCUGAGGCACUGGAAGUAUUGGCACUCCCGGCAGCACACUGCUAAACAAAGGUGCAUUGACAUAGCUGACUAUAAAGAAAGCUUCAAUACCAUCAGUAACAUUGAAGAGAUUGCUUAUAAUGCCAUAUCCUUUACCUGGGAUAUUAACGACGAAGCAAAGGUGUUUAUCUCUGUGAACUGCCUGAGCACUGAUUUCUCGUCCCAGAAGGGUGUGAAGGGAUUGCCUCUUAACAUCCAAAUCGACACCUACAGCUACAACAACCGCAGCAACAAACCCGUGCACCGGGCCUACUGCCAGAUCAAAGUCUUCUGUGACAAGGGAGCUGAGCGGAAAAUCAGGGAUGAAGAACGAAAGCAGAGCAAAAGAAAAGUUUCUGAUGCCAAAGUGCCACUGCUUCCCUCACACAAGCGGAUGGACAUCACGGUGUUCAAGCCCUUUCUUGACCUGGAUACUCAGCCUGUCCUCUUUAUUCCUGAUGUGCACUUUGCCAACCUGCAGCGGGGCACUCAUGUUCUUCCCAUUGCCUCAGAGGAAUUGGAGGGUGAAGGAUCUGCCUUGAAAAGGGGCCCGUAUGGAACAGAAGAUGACUUUGUUGUCCCCACUCCUGCUAAGCUGCCCCGGAUAGAAGAACCAAAGAGAGUGCUUCUCUACGUUCGAAAGGAAUCCGAAGAAGUCUUUGAUGCCCUGAUGCUCAAGACCCCAUCUUUGAAGGGCUUAAUGGAGGCUAUCUCAGACAAAUAUGAUGUUCCCCAGGACAAGAUUGGGAAAAUAUUCAAGAAGUGCAAGAAAGGGAUCCUGGUGAAUAUGGAUGACAACAUUGUGAAGCACUACUCCAAUGAAGACACCUUCCAGCUGCAGAUUGAGGAAGCCGGGGGAUCAUACAAACUCACUCUGACGGAGAUCUAAGGCCUGGGCCUGCAGCCCCUGGGAGGUCGAUGGAGAUGUUACGUAGAUGUGUGGCCCACUGCAGGGGCCUGGACACCCACCUUGCAAACGCAGGUGGCUGUCAGGGGACGGGAUUGCUUUUGAGUUGGCAGUGGACCUGCAUUUAAUGUAUUACGUUGACAUUUUUCAGUUGACAGAAAAAUCCAUGUAUCAUGAUGUUUGAAUUUCUGAAAUACUUAGGACUAAAAGUGAAAAUUUUAUUCUAGGAUUUAACAGAUUCUGGAAGCCUUUAGGGUGCCUGCUACCUUCUUAUUUAUCAAAAUACUGAGAUCUCUGCCUUGUCUACUCUACAGUAGUAGUGGUUCUGUGCACUAGUGGGGUCAGGAACAGCAGCAUGCGUGGCUUGAGGAUUUUGUGCUCUUGCCUGACCUCAGUUGAACUCCAGCUGCCCUGAGCAGUAAAGGGGUGCACCCCUCCCUCAGCCUCUCGUCCCCCAUUAAAUGUUUACUAACUAGGGCACGUUACUGGAAUCUUACUUUGCAACUUCCUUGGACAUAUCAGCUGCCUGUCUUAGGAAGAACCUAAAUGGGUCACAGUGUGAAAUGCAUUAAGAUAA